AUGGAUUUUGAUGAUGACGAAUUAGACUACAGUUCUCAUGAAGAGGAAGAUUUUGAUGAGAAUAAGCUAAACAAUGAAGAGUAUGAUUUGUUGCAUGAAAUGCUUCCUGGACUAAAAGAGAAAUUGAGAUCCUACAACGAUGAAAUACCAGAAUACGAUUUGAAAGAAGCAUUGUAUUAUAACUAUUUUGAAAUAGGGCCAGCUAUUGAUGAAUUGAAAUCAAAGUUCAAAAAGAAAAUCACCAAAGCAAAAGAGAAUUUCACACAGCCUUCGCCAGACGAUGUUGUACUAGAUGCCCAAAAGCAAGCAUUUGAAGGGGUGGCAAACUUGAAAAUUGCCGAAGCACCACAAUCAAAAAAGCCAAAAGAGACUAAACCAUUUAAGAAAGUUGAUAUUGCAAAAGCACUUUUAUCUCCUGAUUAUGCCAAACCACGCAAGUCUUUUGUUGUUAUUGGUCAUGUCGAUGCUGGGAAAUCAACCUUAAUGGGGAGACUUUUGUAUGAUUUUGGUAUUAUUGAUGCAAAGACAGUUAGCAAAUUGGUUAAGGAGGCAGAAAAGGCAGGAAAAGGGUCGUUUGCACUUGCUUGGGUAAUGGACCAAACUGAGGAAGAAAGAUCGCAUGGUGUUACUGUUGAUAUAUGUGCGACUGAUUUUGAAACUGCCACCACGAAAUUUACUGCUAUUGAUGCUCCUGGGCAUAGGGAUUUUGUUCCACAAAUGAUUAGUGGGGUAUCGCAAGCUGAUUUUGCGUUGUUAGUUGUUGAUUCGAUUUCGGGGGAGUUUGAGGCAGGGUUUGCGUUAGAUGGGCAAACUAAGGAGCACACAAUUUUAGCCAAGAAUUUUGGGCUAGAGAGGAUAUGUGUGGCUGUCAACAAGAUGGAUAAAGAGAAUUGGGACGAACAUCGUUUCGAUGCUAUAAGAACGCAAAUGACCGAAUUUUUAACUGGUCCCGAAGUCAAUUUCGACAAGAGCCAAAUUGACUUUAUUCCCAUUUCUGGGUUAACGGGGAACAAUGUUGUCAAGAGAGAUUUGUCGGUCGAAUCGUUCAAGUGGUAUCAAGGACCAACGUUGGCAGAGUACAUCGAAGGCGUUGAGCUUGGUGGUGGGUCUAAAGAAAGUAUUGGUUCAGAACCGUUUUUCUUAUCGGUGCAUGACGUUUUCAAGGACAAAGGGGAGUUGAAAGUUAGUGGUAAAGUUAGCAGUGGGCUGGUAUACUCGGGGGAGACGAUUGUGGCCUUACCAAGUGGAGAAUCACUACAAGUGCAGUCCCUAAAAGUUUCCAAGAAACCUGUUGACUUUGCUAUUUCUGGCGAAUUAACACAGAUGGCAUUUAAGACGAGCCAAAUUUCCAAUGAAAGCGUUGACCAAAUUAGAAUUGGUGAUCUAAUUACCAAGGCAGGGUCACCAGUAAAGACGGCCCACAAACUUACGGUGGUGCUUCAUUUAUUCAACAUGGACAAGCCGUUGUUGGUGGGUACGCCAUUUGUUUUGUUUAGAAAUAAUACCCAAGUGCCCGCGAGAAUAUCCAAAAUUGUCGAGAUUGUCAAUGGCAAGAAAAAGAAAAAGGUUUUGCACUUGGUGUCACAACAAACGGCUAUAGUUGAGAUUGAGCUUGCUGGAGCAAACUUGCCAGUUACCAAGUUUGACGACAAUAAGGUUUUAGGCAGAAUAGUUAUAAGAAGAGAAGGUACUACAAUAGGUGCUGGCACGGUUAUUGAUUUUUCAGAAUGA